UUAUCAAGGAGAUUACUAAAGGCUAUUGAGAAUGUCAUUACUUGUCGAGAAUCUUUGUAGGAUUGACAAAGAAGUAAUAAGUACUAACGUUAAUAUCUUUUUUUUUUUAUAAUUUUGAGAAAUAAGGAGAGUAUAUCAAGAUAAAACAGACCAUCUGUUUUUAGCUUAAAUUAGAUGAAUUAGGACUAAGCAAAAAACCUGGGAUCGAUUAUCCGAACUGAAACAGAUCAAAAAAAUUAGACCGAAAACCAAACCUGAACUCGAAGAUUUUUUUUAUUUGAUUUUAAAUUCCUCUAUCCGAAAAACCCGAAUCCAAACAUGAUCCGAACCUGAAUCUAAAUACCCAAAUAUUUUAUUUAAAAUCUAAAUUUUACGUAAAACCCCAAAUUUUACCCAAAAAAUCGGGUAUCAAUCCCAAAAAAGGGCUUAAAAAUUCAUACCCAAACCGAUAUUUUGGAUUUAUUCUAUUAAAUCCGACCCGACCCGCUUCUCUGAAUGACCACCUUUAAUAUUUUGAUGAACUUAUUUUGCUUUAUAAAAAAAAAAGGAAAAAAAGAGUACGUCAAAAACUCAAAGAAGAGAAAAUGACGAAUCUUUUUCUUAAAGAUGAGGCAAUUGUAUCAAGAUACGAGGACGAGGUUGGUUUGUUUAACAUUAUCCCAAACAAAGUUUACGGCCAAACCCGUCACUGCCACGUGUCAUCCGGAUCUCCUUUUGGCUUCGUCUGAAGACGUUCGAUGCUCACCGGUCGCGUCUUUAUCCUCUCAUCAUCAUCCUCGAAACGUGCAACACACAAAAAAUUGACUAUAAAAGAUUGCAAAUUUCUCUCUAAAUAUCUGAUUCAAACGCAUUUGGUAGGCUGAGAGAAAGAAAGAAAAAGAUAAAGAUGGAUCACGCAGCAGAUGCUCACCGUACGGAUUUGAUGACCAUUACAAGAUUCGUGUUGAAUGAACAAUCAAAGUAUCCAGAAUCUCGUGGUGAUUUCACCAUUUUGCUUAGUCACAUCGUUUUGGGUUGCAAAUUCGUUUGCAGUGCUGUUAAUAAGGCUGGUUUGGCUAAGUUAAUUGGACUUGCAGGGGAAACAAACAUUCAGGGUGAAGAGCAAAAGAAACUUGAUGUGCUCUCUAAUGAUGUCUUUGUCAACGCUUUGGUUAGCAGUGGUAGAACUUCUGUUCUUGUCUCGGAGGAAGAUGAGGAAGCUACGUUUGUGGAGCCAUCCAAGCGUGGAAAGUACUGUGUUGUUUUUGAUCCGCUUGAUGGAUCUUCAAACAUUGACUGUGGUGUUUCCAUUGGCACAAUUUUUGGAAUUUACACGUUGGACCACACUGAUGAGCCAACCACUGCAGAUGUUCUGAAACCUGGGAAUGAAAUGGUGGCUGCAGGUUAUUGUAUGUACGGAAGCUCCUGCAUGCUUGUGUUGAGCACUGGAACCGGUGUCCACGGAUUUACACUGGACCCAUCUCUAGGAGAGUUCAUUCUAACUCACCCGGACAUUAAGAUUCCAAAUAAGGGAAACAUUUAUUCGGUGAAUGAAGGCAAUGCGCAGAACUGGGAUGGUCCAACUACAAAGUAUGUAGAGAAAUGCAAGUUUCCUAAAGAUGGUUCUCCUGCAAAGUCUCUGAGAUACGUAGGAAGUAUGGUAGCUGAUGUUCAUCGUACACUACUUUAUGGAGGAAUCUUCUUGUACCCGGCUGACAAGAAAAGCCCCAAUGGAAAAUUGCGUGUCUUGUAUGAAGUUUUCCCGAUGUCGUUUUUGAUGGAGCAAGCCGGAGGUCAGGCCUUUACGGGAAAGAAAAGGGCGCUAGACCUUGUCCCGGAGAAGAUCCAUGAGCGUUCUCCGAUAUUUCUUGGUAGCUACGAUGAUGUAGAAGAGAUUAAAGCUCUCUAUGCUGAGGAGGAAAAGAAGAACUAAGCUUCUCAUUCUUCUUUUAUUCUCUUACUGUCUCUGUCUCUCUUAUUUCUAUAUACAGUAUCUUCUUCUGAUGAGAAGAACAAUAUAACUCAUUUACAAAAGGAAGAUCUUUCUUUAUCAUUAAAUGCACAUAAAAAUCUUCUUUCUUUCAUA